CUCUGCCGACUUGGUGCAUCGAGGUCCCGAGAAACACCUCGGACUGUGUGGACUCAUUGAUAUACAGGCUCAUGCUACAGUGCCGGAAGAAAUAUCUCGCACUCCCAAAAUUCUAUCAGGCUUCACCAGUGCCAAGCCUCGCAUGGUUCAUCUCCCAGCAUCGCAUCUUCGUGAAUAUUUCGAACAAUGCGCAAUUUGAGGAAUAUUCAGCACAAGGUCUGGCGGCCACCCGCUGACGUCUCCAGCAGCGAGCCACCAACGGCAUGUUGCUGGGAUCCAGCCAAAGAUGAGGUCCUAGUCGCCUUUGGCCCGUCCGAGCAGGAUGGCUAUAUUCGGUUGGUCAGGCUCUCCGAGCAUGUGACUAGCGCCGCACAUGAGCAUUCCAAGGUCGAACACAGCCAAAUCGCAUCAUGGGAGGCGUUGAGCCCAAAUCCAGACUUGGAGGUGGAUCGGAUCGUGAGUCUGCAUCACUUCAGCGAUACAUUGUCCACCGUGUUAGUGUUAGAGGGCGGUGACAUCGUCCUUGUCAAAGAAUAUGAGAAUCCCCAGGAUGGCGUGCAUAUUGAGAUUAUGGGAUCCAUCGACGAGGGUAUCAUGGCUGCGAGCUGGUCACCGGAUGAAGAGCUGCUCGCUAUCUCCACCAAAGCACGGACAGUUGUCUUUAUGACUAGAAGCUUCGAGGGCAUCACUGAUGCCACGAUGAGCGCCGACGACCUAAAACUGUCCAAGCAGGUUUCUGUAGGUUGGGGUAAAAAGGAAACCCAAUUUCAAGGUCGAGGUGCGAAGGCGCUCAGAGACCCAACAAUACCCGAGAAGGUCGACGAGGGCGUGCUCAGCUCUCAGGAUGACGGUCGAGUGUCGAUCAGCUGGCGAGGUGAUGGUGCAUAUGUUGCCAUAAACUCCAUUGAGCCUGGUGUCAGACGAGUCAUUAGGGUCUAUUCCAGAGAAGGCGUGCUCGACAGUGUCAGUGAGGCUGUCGACGGCAUGGAAGGAGCUCUGAGUUGGCGUCCAGCCGGAAAUCUGAUGGCAAGUGUUCAAAGAAAGGGAAGCGGGAUUGAUAUCAUCUUGUUCGAGAAAAACGGCCUUAGACACGGCGAAUUCUCCUUGCGCGCCCCUAAAGGUAGAGAUCUAUCAGUCGACCAGAUCGGUCUAGAAUGGAACUCAGACUCGACGGUUCUUACUGUUACGUUCGAAGACCGGGUUCAAUUUUGGACCAUGGGUAAUUAUCACUGGUACUUGAAGCAAGAGAUCAUGACGGGCGAAAAGCCGAAGAGCUUCAAGUGGCAUUCGGAGAAGCCGCUGCGUUUUGCACUCGCUCUACCAAGCAAAACAGUACUGGCUGAGUAUGUAUUUUCGGUGUCUCGUGGACCUUUGACGCCACCAAAUGACCACGGAGCCGUCGCAGUAGUAGAUGGUCGCAGCCUCAAGCUUACCCCUUUCCGAACGGCAAAUGUACCACCUCCAAUGGCGCUCUAUGAACUGGAAACACAGACAGCUAUUGUAGAUGUAGCUUUUUCUCCAGAUCAUUCUUACAUGUCGGUACUGCAUCAGACGGGUGUUGAUUUGUAUCAGUGGCAAACUAAGGGCUUGCGUUCACUUCGACCAGUGGUCAAAGCCUCCGUUGUAUUUGAUGACCCACGAACUGAGACAACUCCAUUGUUGGUGUCGGUGGACAUCAAUGGUAACAUCGCCAUCCUAGGCUUUAGCCAUCAGCCAGAACUGCACCGUUAUAUCUUCGACACUACCUCUGGUCUGUUCUCAGGGCUUAGCAGGACUUAUUCCAGCUCUGUCGUUGGCUUUUCAAGCUACUGCGACAACGAGAACGGAUCCGGACUCAUCAUCCAAGAUGCCCAACGCCGCUAUCGCAUGAUUCAAGGCGAUGGAACCGAGUCUGAAUUCUUGAUUAGUCCUACAACAUCUCAAGUCCCAAUUCAGCUUCCCUGGUUUACUCCUGUUCAGACAGAGCCCACCCUGGGAAAGCUGGCAGUCUACGGUUUGUCCAGAAAUGGACACCUAUAUGUCAAUGACCGGUUGCUUGUCAAGAAUUGUACUUCUUACCUCGUGACGCCUGAUCAUUUAGUGUUUACAACAACAAAUCAUCUCUUGAAGUUCGUUCACAGGACGAAUGACAUUGACGAUUUGGAGGUUCCUGCGGAUGAUCCUGAAAAGGACGAACGAUGCCGUAGCCUCGAGCGUGGCGCCCGGCUCGUGACGGCAAUGCCCACAAACAUGAGCCUGGUCUUGCAAAUGCCCAGAGGUAACCUAGAGACCAUUUAUCCUAGAGCCAUGGUUGUAGCGGGCAUUCGACAGUUGAUCGAGGAGAAAUAUUACGGCCGGGCUUUUGCUAAUGCAAGGACGCAGAGGGUAGAUAUGAAUAUCCUUUAUGAUCAUAAGCCACAGCAGUUCUUGGAGAACGUUUCGCUCUUCCUGGAGCAACUGGAUGAUAUCACCUACAUCGAUCUUUUCCUCUCAUCCUUGCGGGAAGAAGACGUUACACAGACUAUGUAUAUCAAUACCAAACUUGUCGGAAGUCAAGAAGGAUUGUUACAGGGUGGCGUGGAAACGACAAUUACACCCACGACAGGCUCCUCAAAGGUCAACACGAUCUGUGAUGCUGUGCUGGAAAGUUUACGAGCGCGCAAGGCCAUCGAUCACGGGACACUACAAAACAUCAUCACUGCCAAUGUCUGCAAGAACCCGCCAGCUUUGGAAGACGGCUUGUUGGUCGUGGCCAAGCUGAUGCAAGAUGAUGAGCAACUGGCCGAAAAGGCAGUUGAGCAUAUCUGUUUCUUGACGGAUGUGAACACUCUUUACGACGAGGCCCUGGGCCUGUACAACCUAGACCUUGCACUUCUAGUUGCUCAACAGGGCCAACGUGAUCCGCGUGAGUAUCUACCUUUCGUGCAAAAUCUACAUCAGCUGCCCGUCGUCCGUCGCAAAUUUGCUAUCGAUGACCAUCUAGGAAGGCACACAAAGGCUCUCACACAUCUGCAAAACCUCAAUGCGCACCAAGAAGCCCAAGAUUAUACAGUCAAGCAUUCUCUCUACGCUGACGCUUUGAGGCUGUAUCGUUAUGAUGCCCCUAAUCUUGCUAUCAUCACCCGACUCUAUGCUGAGUUUCUUGAGUCUCGCUCGCGCUUCAGAGAAUCGGGCCUCACCUACGAGUCGUUACAAGACUAUGCAGGAGCCACGCGCUCUUACCGUGCCGCCGGUGUAUCAUGCUGGCGUGAGGCCCUGUUCACAGCUUCCCUGCAACAACCACCUCUGUCAGCAGAAGCUCAAUCGGACCUCGCAACUGCCUUGGCGGACGCAUUAUACGAGGCCAAGGACUAUGCUGGUGCUGCCGCGAUCUAUCUCGAACACCUUUCAAGCAUCGAAACAGCCGUGAGGUAUCUAUGUAAAGGUUACCAUUUCGCCGAGGCUCUUCGUCUAUCGGCCCUGCACAAGCGCCAGGACCUGCUCGAGAGCACCGUUGACCCAGGUCUUGCGGACUCGCUUGGCUCAUCCACCGAGUUCCUAGCCGACUGCAAGGCUCAACUCCGUGCCCAAGUCCCCCGAGUCCUCGAGCUUCGCCGCAAGGCGGCCGAAGACCCGCUGGCUUUCUACGAAGGCGAGAGAGCAGGCGGUGCCGACAUCCCCGACGACGUGUCUGUAGCUGCCAGCUCGCGCGUCAGCACGUCGGCCUCGCUCUUCACGCGGUACACCGGAAAGGCCGGGUCGGUCGGCACCGCCGGCACGGGCGUGUCGAGAGCCACGAGCAAGAACCGCAAACGCGAGGAGAAGAAGCGCGCCCGCGGCCGCAAGGGGACUGUGUACGAGGAGGAGUACCUGGUCAACUCGGUGCGGCGGCUAGUGGAGCGCGUCGAGGCGACCAAGGCGGAGAUCGAGAGGCUGGUGUUCGGUCUCGUCCGCAGAGGCAUGUUCGAGCGGGCCCGGACGGUCGAGGCGCUCAUGUUGGAGGUCCUGGAGGGAUGCAAGAAGGCUGUUGGAGAGGUGUUCCCACAGGCGGAGGAAGAGAGGAAGGCAGAGGAGGGCGAUCAGCAUGUUGAGGGUGAGGAGUGGAGACCCCUCGGCGCUGAUGCCGUGUUGGCGGGUAACCUGGAGCAGAAAUGGAGGACGCAAGCGCCGCCCGUCGUGACGGCGAUGGAGAAACUGAGUCUGCUAGGGAGUUAAGGUCGUUUUCAGGUCAAGGGAGUUGGGAGGGAGGAGGGA